GCCCGGAGGAAAGCGCAUUUACGUCGGCAAGAGGCUCCGGCUCAACUUGCCACCCGCGCCGGGAGAGAGCUGCCGGGGAACAGAGACCCUGCCGAGCCCCAGCUGCCCACCCAUCGCCUCCGCCAUGGACUGCUGUAACCAGGAGGGAGCCUGCACAAAGCUGGAUGAAGACAUCCUGGACAUCCCUUUGGACGAUCCCGACGCUAACGCGGCGGCUGCCAAAAUCCAGGCUAGUUUCCGUGGCCACAUGACCCGUAAGAAGAUCAAAGGAGGGGAGAUCGAUCGGAAAACGAAGGACGCGGAGUGCGCCAACAGCACUCGCGGCGGUGACCUCCGCAACGGCGAUUAGGACCCGCCAGGCGCUCCCCGGACCCUCCCCACCGCUGCUCAGCCCCGCCGAGGCCCCGGAGCCCCCGCUUCACCCCAUUGCAUGCAACCCCUUGCCCCCCCUUCCCCAUUCACCCCCCUAAACCCCAACCCCUGUGACACCCCCCAGCCGCUCUGACAUCACCCAGAGGGCCACAGGGAACCCACAACCCCCCUAAAUCCCCCACAAACUCACCCCAAAACCGUGGUGCCGGACAAGUGCGGCCGCCUUUUAAUCAGAAAAGCCCCUAAAAAAAAGGUGCCCCCCCCCCAUCUCCUCCCCCCUUCCUUCCCCUUCCCUGCUUUCAAUGCUCUUUUAUGAAAAACCCCCUGUUUCAACAGAUAUAUAUAUAUAUAAACAAAAAUGAGCCCCCCCCACCCCAGGAGGGGUGUUGUAUUUUUCAGGAGACUCGGCCCCCCCAAACCCGGGGAGCCCCCCCCCCCCCAAUUAAACACCCCCAUGAU